AACUUUUAGGGAAUAGAGAUUGAAAUCCUUGCUAUAGAGAUUUUUAUAUAUAUGUGUAUAUGAUAGCUAAAAAGGAUUUCAAAAUCACAAUUCCCAUUUAGACUUUGAAAUAUUUUUUAAAAAUGGCAUUUACAGGGGCCCCACAAAAAUGUAAAGUUUGUGAAAAAACUGUUUAUAUUGCAGAAAUGAUCUCUACAAAUGGUGUUGCUUAUCAUAAUACAUGUUUUAGAUGUAAUCAUUGCAAUGGAAGGCUUGCAUUGAGCACAUAUUCAACCCUUGAUGCAGUAUUAUAUUGUAAGCCUCAUUUUGAACAAAUCUACAAGGAGAAAGGAGGAGCUCCCUUGAAGCACUCUGCAUCAUUGGGAAGGCAGAAUGAACUGAACAGAAGCUCUAGCAAAGUUUCGGCUCUAUUUUCUGGUACUCAAGAUAAAUGUGCAGCUUGUAAAAAGACUGUUUACCCCUUGGAGAAGGUGACGGUGGACGGUGAAAUGUACCACAAGAUAUGUUUUAGAUGUGUCCAUGGAGGUUGUAAACUUACAACAUCAUCCUAUGCUGCAUUUGAUGGAGGUCUCUAUUGCAAACCUCAUUUCUCUCAAUUGUUCAAAGAAAAAGGUUCAUAUAAUCAUCUAAGCAAAAAUGCUUCAAUGAAGAAAAAUGAAAGUUUAAUCAAUGUUGAACAAGAAGGUUCUAGUACUACUAGUGCUGCUGAGGAAACACAAGAUGAUAAGUCAUAA